AUGCCGUCCUACUACUCGAUACCCUGGCUCCCAAACCGCGUUUCCGCUGGCCAAUUACCCGGCCACGAUCCCUGUCUUUCAGGCGCCCGCCCACCAGCCGGCUAUUCCCCUGGAGUCCUUUUCCCUCUCGUGACACCAGACCUGGCAGACUCUCGCUCCUCCUCCGCGCCCUCGUCGGCCCACACGCAACCCGCCGUGCCCAGUCCCGGCUCUGGGGCCUCCGCUACGAGACCCUCCCCGCGCUUCGGCACCAGGCCCAGUCGCGGCUCUACCGAGCGAUCGUCCAGCGGCAGGCGCGACUCGCAGCGCGCCAUCCCAGACUUGGUGGAGGCUUCGUUGCCCGCUUUCUUGGGCCGCGGCGACGGUCGCGAGGGUGGUUACUUGGCAGGGGUGCCGGGGAGAGCUUGGCUGCGAGACGAGGACCCCGCGACGGGCCAAACCAUUCUCUGA